AUGGGUGUUUUCAACCCCAAUCACAAGGAUCCUCAUAAACAAGGCCUUGUGUCCCUCUCAAGCGGCAGCAAUGUGUACACGGAUGUAUACCUCUUCUGCGAGCGCCUGCGAAUGUACAAGGAUCUCGACUCCUACGCCUUGUCGCAGCACUAUAUGUCUUUCCUUGCCGGCGGAGCUCUACAGUGGUUCAUGAAUGAACUUUCCAUCGAGCAGAAGGAUCGCCUUAUGAAUAGUGAUCGUGAUCGCAGCUUUAGGAACGAUAGCCGCGACCGCGACCGCAGCUAUCAGCGAGAUCACUACCAACGCGAUCGAGGCCUUGACCGCAGAGACCGCAGCAACCCCAGCAGCGACUUACGGGCCAAGGAAAGGCGAGAGAGCCGCCCCAAAGAUCCUCAGCGCAAUGAGCGAAGCGGCGGCUAUGAGAAAAAGGUCCGCUUUGAGAAAAAUUACCUUGCCAGCGAGGAUGAAAACAAGCAAGAUGCUCCAGACGACAAGAAAACCGCCAUUUCCGACAACGAUGAAGCCAGUGAUAAAGCCCAGUAUCUUUGGGAACAGUCGCGAGCGCUAUCGCAGGAAAUCCUCGAGCCACAGCCGCUCGAGCCGCCAUCGCACAAUGCCCCUUUCGGCUACUCAUAUCUUCGCAUCAAGAUCAAGGCAGCUCCCACAGGACCAGAGACCGAGGUCUGUGCGGAUUCCGGAUGUGGCAACCCCCUGAUUGACAGAAAGCUUCUCAAGAGCUUCGAGCACACCAUUGAGAAGAAGCCUCCAACGCCAAUUGCAGGCAUCAGCGGCAGUGUCCGCUGCACAGACUGGGCCACGUUCUCCUUCUAUGCAGAAGGAAAGAGGGCUGACGGCAGCAGCGCCGGCAUAGCUAAAUUCACCAGUUCCGCUUGGGUGACUACCGUGGAACCAGGAGCCUUGCUAGGCAAUGCCUUCCUCAAGCCGUAUGUUGGAAACAUCCACUACGACAAGGAAGUCGUUCAAAUAGGCCUCCUCGACGACUUCGAUCAGAGAAUGCGAGGAAUCGGGCUACUUCGCUGCAGCCUCAUGGAAAUCAGCUCUGACAGCUUUGACAAUGGCCACAGCGGCAAGAGCAGCUCCAACAGCGGCCUUGGCCCCAGCAACUUCUGCAAUGACGAUUGA